UUUUUAAAUUGCAGACGGCGGACGACCGAAGUCAUAACUAGUUUGGGGUCAAUUACGGUCAUAAAUUGGAGACAUCUUCAAGGUCAUAUGAGUUGACUGAUUGGCAUGAUAGACACGGAAUUUCAUAGUUAGCUGGUAGGUUCCUCUGUUUGGACAGUGUGUUUACCACUCAAAUUACGCGUCAUCCUGUUAAAGACAUCAACUCAUUUGGGAUAGCAUAAACUGACAUAUUCAUCACAUUAUCUGAUCAUUUCUUUACUUUGUGUGUGGCAUGAUAAAAUAUAUUAUAUAUUUAAUCAGGAAAAAGAGUUUCAAUGGUAUAGGAUUUAUAGUGUGUAAGACUUUAAAAUAUAAUUAGUUUUUAUAACCUCAUAUUCUGAGUAAAUUACAUUUUUAUGUUUAAUUGCGCCAUACAUUAUGUGUGUAAUAUCCAACAUUUGUGUUACUUCAAACUCAUAAUGAAAACCAUAUCAAUUGAAAUUUCUUUAUCAGCUAUAAAUUUAUAUUCGGUCUAAAAAUGAAAAAUCAUGAUUUUGGGUAUUCUUUCAAAUGUUGAUCUUUAGUAUUUUCUGUCCAAUCGUAAACAAAAAAUCGUGUCUCGGACGGUCUACUAUUGCAGACUCCCCUCAUUAUUUUGUACUUAAAGAUUUAAAUUCUCGCUUUGAACGUUUAAUUUGAUUUCAGUUUAUUUUGCAAAUAAUUAUGACGACACUUUUACUUUCGCUACAGUUUGAGUAAACUGUUCGUUUCUCUUCUUGAGUAUAGACCUUAAUUUCUUUGCGGUGGCUAAGAAACUUUUCAUAAGCCUUUCCCCAAAACACUACUAAUGAAACAUUAAUGAAUUUUCCUCACAUAAAGUUGAACUUUAAAUUACCCCAAGCAAGCAUUCCGAUAUAAUAUCAUCACUACGGAUGUUGUGAUUAAUGAGCCUGCAUCAGGUGCAUGUGUCAUCAUAAGAACGAUGCGCGAAGUCGAUGAAGCUACGGAAGUGAGCUCUAAACAUAAUAAUUGGAACAGCCGGAUUGUGGGGGAAAGGGCAAGUCAUGAUAUAGAUGCAGUACUGAAACAGGAUCCCUGGCUUGCAAGUAUUUACAUGUAACCAUUAGCAAUGCGUUAAGAGAAUUAUGCCGUUUAGGAGUGCUCUGUGCAAUGGCUGUUAGUACAAUGAGGAUUCCGAAGAGACUCUUCUUUCAAGUGACUUUCUGUUUGUUGGUUUUGUGUUUCUUACGAGAUCGUUUGCUUCAGAGUGGUUUGUCGUUGAGCCGUCGAGAAUUCAAUGCGACCCUCAUCGACACGGCUCCAGAAUGCUUGAAACACGCCUCGGAUACGAACCAUCUAGCUAAUGUGGCCCGCAUCCAACGUGGUGUACAGAGCUGGAUUCGUAGGAUAGAUGUACACAACUACUCCUACAUCAUUAACCCUACCGAUUGGUGUGAUCGAAGAAAAUCCGAAGGUGAGGAUCUCGUGCUGGUUAUUUUUGUGAACUCCGCUCCUGAUCAUUUUCUCAAGAGGAAUUUAAUACGGAAUACCUUCGCCAGAGCGGAUUCAUGGCCAUUCUACAGCAGUCGUAACCAAACCAUGCGUCUCGUUUUCUCAGUAGGAGCGGUCGAUGAUAUCAUUAUGCAAUCCCGACUACGGGACGAGUCCGUAAUCUUCGGGGAUAUCGUCCAGGAGAACUUCAUCGACGAUUACCUAAACAUGACACUCAAGACCGUGAUGGGAUUCAAAUGGUCAACGACGUUUUGCAGUCGCGCGAAAUACGUGAUGAAGCUGGACGAUGACGUCCUGAUCAACACGCGCAUGGUCGCUGACGUCCUUCUUAAGGCUCCGACGAAUUCCUUUAGCAUGGGUGAUCUCCAUGCGCACGCGAUCGUACGCGAUCCCAAGAGCGAAUGGGGAAAGUUCUUCACACCCGUCCAUUUAUGGCCGAGAAGAAAGUUCCCGCCUUUUUUCACGGGCCCUGCUUACAUGUUCUCAAUGGACAUGGCACAGAAGAUCUCGAAAGCGUGUAGAGACACACCACUGUUUCCUUGGUCCGAUGUCUAUGUAGGAAUGUGUUGUUUGAAAGCAGGGUUAGGCUUGACAAACCAGAAAGGAUUUAUUGCUUCAGAUCUGGCCAAGCAAUCAGAGCAACCUUUACCAAUGGGAGAGAAGGAAAUGGAAAGUUAUCAUAAAUUAUUCACUGUCUUUCAUCUACCAAUGUUGCAUAUGAAACAACUCUGGGAAUUAUGGACGAAAAGGACUAUAACACUUUGAAUUACACUUUUUUAUUUUCACGGUGCCGUGAAUGUGUGUCUAUUUAUGUAUCUCGUUGGGAAUUAUUGGCAAAUUCAAAUGUGUUUGUAUUAUUAUCCAACAAUGCCUUCCACUGAUGUUAGCAAACUAUUUAUUGUAACAAAUCGAGUAUUUUUUAUAAUGGUUAAAAAGCAAUGAACUCAUCUAACUGGUGAAAUUGGUAACAAUUAUAAUCGUAAUUAUGCCCUUGCAAUAGUCUCUGAUGAAAAGAGUGAUGUAUAUCAAGCGAUGUGUAUUAAUUAUAACCAAUCAACGUAAUGCUUUUCCAAGUUGUAAUGGAUAAAGAUAAUUGCAAGCUCCGCAGCAAGAAUAUUACGAACAAAAGACUCUUUUCUUUGAAUUAGACCCCUUACAAAUGGACUAGCAAUGUAUACAUGUAUAUCAAAUCCAACAGAAACGAGAGACACGCCCCAAUGACGACUAUGUCGUAUGAAGGAGAAAGAGAACAAGUUCUUGGGUUGUAAAUAUUGGUAGGAGAGAAUCAAAUCUAGCAGGGGUUGCUUCGAGAUUUGGCAAAAUUUGGGGGCUACAUGUAAUUCCUCCAAAAUUAAUGACAAACAUCCACCCCUCAGACAACUUAUCAGGAGAUAAGGGGGUUCAAAUGAGGCAAAUGUGUUAAUAAGGGUGCUCCGGACCUCACAAGUAACAUUUAUGAAAUAGAACUUCAUCAAUAAAUAUUGUUUGUUUAAAGUGUUAUAUUUGUCAGAUGUUUGUCAUUACUGAAGCCCCACCUUACCUUCACCAAAAUGACUAAAUAAUCAAACGAAGUGAGUAAAAUAUUGUGGUUAGUUAUCGGAGUACAUUACUAACACCAAUUCUCAAAUUAAUUACAUAAAGUCGUUUCAUAUGACGGAAUGCAUUAUUGAAAAAUCUUAAAUUAAUGGAAACAGUGCAAUUAUUCAAUUUUCUCUCUUUCUUCUCCACUCUCUUUCAUUAAAGCUAAUUAUAAAUUAUACACUGAAAAUUUAUAAUGAAUAUAUCCGUAUUCUUACCUUGAAUUAUGUUAUAUUUAAAACGGCACCUCGCUGGAAUUCUCUAUAGGCUCUAGGGAGUGGAAAAUGUAUAUACAUUGUUUUUAAUGUGUGUGUGCGGGGGGGGGGUGUUGUAAUAUUUCGUUCAACACUUUUCUAAAUAUUAUUUCCUUUCUAAAUAAUGUUGGUUGGAAUAAACCCAAAUUAAAGGAGAACAAGAUCAGAGACAUCAUUGAUGUUUUAAGCAAUGUAUUAAAUUAUAAAUCUAGAAUAUUACAAUAUCUAAAAUAUACAUAAUUCAUGCCUUAGGCUUAUAUUACCUUAUCGUUUGUAUGAAAUGCUUUGCGUUGACCAGGAAAACCGGCAUAUAUUUUCUUUCUUGAGUUACAAAAUGCUUUGAGCAUAUUUCACUCUCCGUGCCGACUCGUGCAAUAUGCUCCUCAGCUCGUGGGAUACACCCUUGGAUCCCGUUCAAAGCCGUUCAAUGUUAUAUAGGCCUAAGUAUGUCAAAUGAUUCGUUCGUAUCCUCGAAGCUGGAAACAGGUCAUUAUAACAAUAAUGAAACAAAAA